UGUGGUUGGCCGCGCCUUGCUCUGUCACGAGGGUCCUUCCUCACCCUGUGAUUGGCUGGUGCCUCAGUCUGCUCUGCUGUUUGCGCCAUGUCCGAGCGCUCUCUGUCAACGGGGCCCUCGGGGGCCACUGUUGUGGCACCGCCAGGGGGCUCUACCCUCGGUAGUGACUUGCCCGUCACUGGGCCCACCCCGACAGCUGGAGGUCCGGUUCGUAUGAACUUGUAUGCGACCUGGGAAACGGACCGAGGCAGCGCGGCCUGCGUACCCAGGCUCUUCUCUCUGACGCUGCGGAAGCUUAUUAUGCUGAAGGAUCUGGACAAGGAUUUACCCUCUGUUGUCAUUGCGGUGAAGCUGCAGGGCUCAAAACGAAUUCUGCGUUCCAAUGAAAUCUCCCUCCCGACCAGCGGGGUGUCAGAGACUGAGCUGCAGCUAACGUUCUCGCUGCAGUAUCCACACUUCUUAAAGAGAAAUGCAAACCGCUUACAAAUCAUGUUACAACGCCGCAAGAGAUACAAGAACCGGACUAUCCUGGGUUAUAAAAGCCUGGCUGUAGGAGUUAUCAAUAUGGCCGAGGUUUUGCAGUUUCCCAGUGAAAGUGGCCUUGUCUUGUCUCUUCAUAGCCAUGCCAAGGAUGUUUCUUUGCCUGUUGCCGAGAUAAAUAUUCAUUCGCUCUCCAGUCAGCCAAUUGACCACGAGGGCCCAAAAGCCAAAUUAUUUGACCGUUCCCCAGAUAUUGAAAAUUAUUCAGAGGAUGAAGAUGAAAGCUUCUCAUCAGAACAAGAGGGGAGCGAUGACCCUUUACAUGGGCCGGAUUUUUACUUUGAGGAUGAAGAAGUGCGAAAGGUUAAGAAGUCCCGCAGAAAGAUCCCAGCCUCAUCAGCUAUAACUAGACAACCAAAUAUAAAGCAGAAGCUGAAGUCCCUUCUGAACAGAUUUAAAGUUUCAGAGGAGGUUGGAUUUAGCCUGGAUCAUGUUUCACGUGAUGAGAUUCGGGAAGAAGAUUUGGAUGAUUUAUAUGACAGUCUAGAAAUGUUUAACCCAAGUGAUAGCUGUCCAGAGUUGGAGGAAAGUGAGAGUGUCCUGAGUACUCCUAAACCAAAGCUUAGACCGUUCUUCGAGGGUGUUUCCCAGUCAAGUUCACAGACUGAAAUUGGAAGUCUAAACAGCAAAGGAAGCCAAGGAAGGGACAUGAGCAGUCCGGGAGACCUUUCAGUAGAUGUUAAAAUCCCCCGUCAGGACGAUUCGAUGGACACAGUAAGUCAGGACAUAUCUUUGGAUAUCUCACAAGAUGUUGACACUCUUUCCGAAUCAAUCACUUUUUCAGUUCCUGAAAAAUCUAAAUCUGUGAAAAGUCCAAGUGUGACACCUCAGAGCAAGAGGAGUGUAUCUGUCAAAGAAAGGCCUUCUAACAAAGGACUGUCUGAGAGAACCCAGAGUACAGAGAGUGACAGGACAGCAGAGACAGGACAAGUCUCACAGGUUCCACGGAAGAUAUUACUGGACCAAUUAAAUCAAAAUCUCUCAGAACAGUCUCUUCCAGAAACUAUUUUCAUUGUGCAUACCUCUGAUUGGCAAGGACAGUUCGUCUCCAGUCUUUUUCAGCAGCAGCAUAAGCCAUGUGUAUGUAUAACCUGUUCUUCCGAUGUACAGUGCGCUCUGACUGCAGUUCUUACUCGAAUACAGAGGCACUGUCAUAUGGCACCAGGACCACCACGUCCUUUAAAAGUUGUGUGUGUGGGAGGGCACACUUUUCUCAGCUUUCUGCUUGGAGCAUAUGCUACGAACUUAGCAGGACGAACCCCUGACUGGUUGGGGUAUCUGCGCUUCCUUUUAGUUCCUCUAGGGUCUCAUCCUGUCUGUAAAUAUAUAUCUUCUUUGGAUUCUCGUUAUGCAUCUUUGUUCUUUGAUUCCUCUUGGAGAGAGUUGUUUAAUAAAUCUGAGGUUCCAUCUACAGAACCAUCAUUUGACAUCAUUGGGCGUAUCAUGCAGUAUGUGAAUGGAGCCAAUAACUCCCAGCAGCUUCCAAUUGCUGAAGCCAUGUUAACCUGCAAACAUAAACUUCAGGAGGAUGAUUCAUAUCAGAAGUUUAUACCAUUCAUUGGGGUGGUGAAAGUCGGACUGGUGGAGACAUCCCCCCCAAAUACUGAUGCAGAGGAUUCUGUUUCUCUCAGUGUCGGUCUCCCUUCUACGUCUCCACCUUCAUCAGUCGGAGUCCUCCGUGAUGGUUCAGCAACACCUCCAUCAUCUCCGUCUUUAAGUGCCAGUCUCCAAGGAAACACAGGGACCAUGGCAGAUGCUUUAGGAUUACAAGUUGAUUAUUGGCUAACUUGUGACCGGAGAAAAGAGAGAGAAGGAGGAGGGAAGAAUACUCUGCGCAGUAUCUUCCGUUCUGUGGUUGUUUCACGUUUGCCAGGACCAGAUACACCACCUGGUAGUAUGAGUCUAAGUGUGGUAACUACUGAGUCACGAAACAAGAAGGUGCCAACAAUCUUCCUUAGUAAGAAACCAAAGGAAAGAGAAACUGAUGCCAAAAGUCAAAUAAUAGAGGGAAUAACAAGACUUAUUUGUUCCGCCCGACAGCAACAGACCAUGCUACGAGUCACAGUUGAUGGACGGCUCUUCAGUGAUGUGAAGUUUUUCCAGGUGGCAUCUCAGUGGCCUACUCACGUCAAAUACUUUCCUGUUGGAGUUUUCAGUCCUGCAGGAAAACCCUGAAUAUUCUUCCCUAAAGUCAUCAAAAAGAGGCUCUUCCUACACUCUUAAUAUUCACAUGCAACUCUAGCUAGUGGAUUGUGACGCUGUAUUGUAUUCUAGUGCAUACUACUACUGUUCUCCUAACAUCUGCUUAUUGGGCAUGCUGGUGAUGAAACAAUGACCCCAUCUGUUACAUUGAGUGACCAUCAGGGCACACUUUGCAGAUGUUACAUACAUUCAGCAUUUAAUGUGGAACUGACAUUUUAUUUUAUUUAUAGGCCAGCUGAUAAACAUUUUUUCAAUAUGCUUUAUUGAUUUGGGAUUUCUUAAUAAAAAAAUGACUGUCUUUUGGCAGUGAGCUGCUCACCUUCACUAGCUCGGCUGCAUAUAUUUACAGCCCUGUCUAACAUUGGUACACUGUCAGCAGUGAGUGCCGACAGCAUCUGUGGGAUCUGUACGCCCAGUGCGCUCGCUAACUAUAUAGCCACCAGAAGUAAUUUCCUGCAUCUCCCUGCGGCUAGAUAGUGAGCGCGCCGGGCGUACAGAUCUCACAGAUGCUGUCGGCACUCACUGCUGUGCUGACAGUGUACCAAUGUUAGACAUGGCUGUGUAUAUAUAUAUAUAUAUAUAUAUAUAUAUUAUACUUAUAGCCAGCUUUAGGGUGGCAAUGAGUGAGGCAAGUCUUUGCUAUUCAGUACUGCGCUAAACAGUGAAGAUGGGCAACUCGCUAAUAAAAAAAAUCCAAGAUCAAUAAAUAAAGUAUAUUGAAAAAUUUUAUAUGGCAGUUACACUUUAAGACAUUCCCUUUUUUAGGUCUUAAAAGCAAAAAUUGAUUAAAAAAGGCAAGCUUAGCGUUUGUGUGAUGAGAUGUAUGGUUUUGCAGGUAGUGUCUUACUGCCAGCUCACCAGUUUACAUGUCAUUCAUUCUGGCUGCAAGUCUCUCUCUUGUGUCUUAGCGCAGUUCAUCCUUUGUACCAUGUCUGUUAGUAAUUUAAUCUUCAUCGUGUGCCUCGUUGGUUUUCACUUCUGCACUUUAUACUUCUUGCUUAGGUCGACUUGAUAAGCUUCCUUAUGGAGGAAACUCAGUACAUCUCGUUUCAUUUUGUAUAAUGCUUUUCUGUACUCCUAUUUUCUUCCUUCCCUGUUGUGAGAACGUCCAUUGUAUUGACCUGUAGCUUAACGAGCUUCUCCAUCAUGGCAUGAAGUGACAUCUGCAUGGGACAAUUUAACAGCGGGUCAUUGUAUUUAGACUCCUCAGGGUCCAGGAUGGAGCUGGGUUUGAAAGGAUGAAAUCCUCAAUGAAAAUUUGCAGCCCUUUCACUAACAUAGUGACCAUGUUGUGGAUCUGAAAAUUUCCAGAAUUGUGGAAUUUUCUCACGGCUUAUGGAUAGGGUCUUAAAACAGUAUCCACGUGUACUUUAUGUUGCCGUGGAUUAUGGUGCAGAAUCCACAGCCAUCAUAUCCGCGCCAUCACCUUUCUGGAAUAAACUUGUGCCUCUCCCCCUAAGUUCAGUCCAUACUUACGGUGCUUUAAUGAAAUGUGCCAGCGGUGAACUCGCUCUCUGCCCAGUGCCUGUUCUGCCCCCUACAGCUACCCUUGCUCACGUCACAGGUGUUACAGACAAACUGUGCAUGAUGGCAAAUGAUAGAUUACAUAUAAUUUAUAUAGUUAUGUGAUAGUAUAAAGCCCUAUGGCGCUUUGUGUCACAAUUAAGGUUUUUUGUGGCACAUUUUGUCACUUCUCUUACCCACUUUCUAAAACAGCAUCAAAGAUUUAGGCUACUUUCGCAUCUGCGUUUUCCUUUCUGGUUUUGAGAUCUGACAGAGGAUCUCAAAACCGGAGCAAAACUGAACAAACCGGAAUGGAGUGCACCAAAAUGCGUUCCGUUCUGGUUUCUUGUGUUCCCAUGCUGGACACAAAUCUGCUGCAAGCAGCGUCUUCGUGUGCGUCAUGGGAAACUGAUCAUGGCAGAUCUGGCACCAAAAACCAUGUAAGUCAAUGGUGCCGGAUCCGUUUUCUUUCAGCAUGGGAUUUCAAAACCAUAUCCAAAUGCAUCCGUUUGAAUAAUACAACCGGCUACAUACGUUCAGAAUGCAUCAGGUUGUAUUAUAAACCACUGUAAGUCAAUUGGCGCCGGAUCCAGUUUAUUCAUUUUCAAUAUAUAAUACAACUGGAUCCCUUCUGAAUGGAUGCAGCCAGCUGUAUUAGUCAAACUAGUGCAUUUGGAUAUGGUUUUGAAAUCCCACGCCGGAUCUCAAAAUCAGAAACCAAAAACGCAUAUGUGAAAAUAGCCUUAGGCAUAUUUAACAAUCCACGAAAAAUGUCACUCAAUAUUCUGGGCAGAAUGAAUGUAACUCAAUAUAUCUCCUCCAGCGAGUUCAUUCUGACCCACGUACCUGCUUAGCAGAAUGACAUGGUAUGUGGAUUUUAUUUAGAGCUGUGGUUGCUAUGAGCAACAGAACAAGGUUUCCUGCUAUAUAGGUUUGAUGUUAUUAAACGGAAGUAUCGCCCAUAUAUACAUACACUUUACGUAUUCCUUUAUCAGGCCGCAUCUAGUGUUAGUAAAUUUGACAUUACAUAAGCUCUAUUACCUUUUAUCGACUAAUUAUUCCAUUUAUAGAAAUGUUGUUAAUUUCUUACUGGCAUGAAGUGGUAAGUUCAGAAUUUAGUAUGUGGCUAGAUGCAGAAGAUAUGUGUAUAUUUUGGAUGCCAACCCUGGAAAUGUACAAAAUACCUCCCAUAUAUUGUUACAUGGGGACACUAGACACCCCAGAUACUGUUACAUGCAUACGGUAGGGUUACCCGACAUAAACUGUUACAAGUAAUGUGUUUAAUAUGCAGCAUAUCGAUUAGCAAUCAUUCAUUCUUGGUGUCUGCACAAAUAUGUUACAUACUAUAUGUUGCAUACUGUACACAUUACAUUUGUACUGUAUUCACAGUAUGCCCUGUUACAUGAUUUCCUGUAACGUGUAUAUAUUGUUGGUGUGGUCAAACUGACAAGGAAGGUAUGCUACAAGAUGUUACAAUCAAGCUGUAUGUGAUCAAAAUCAAAGCUAGAAGUAUAUGGGGUCAUAAACGACAUCACACUCCAUGUUCUAGGGCAGGGGUCAGCAACCUCUGACACGCUGUUUGUUGUGAAACUACAACUCCCAGCCAUUCGCUUCUGUGGGAGUUCCAAGAACAGCCAAGCAAGUGGCCCUGCUGGGCUCUGUUCUAGAGUAUUACAUACACUCCAUGGUCCUGUAUUUUAACACUGCCUUCCUGGUCUGUCAGCCAGUUUUUGUUGACUCAUUUUUAAUGUCUUAACGUGUGAUUUCUUAUGCUACUUCUAAAGCACAAUAAAGUCCACGCAGAUGGAUUUCUGUCCAAGUCCUGCCAUACAAUCUUACAUGCUGUUCAUGUUCUUGUAUAUGCCUAGUGUUGCACAAAUGUAUAUAAUUUGCUUCACAGCUUAUUUUUAUGUUUUAUAUUGUUUCUUAUAAUUGUUUUUGUUUUCAUUAAAGUUUCUGUGG